AUGUCGGAUGACAGGAUGUUGGGCAACUGGUCUCUUUGUUCGGCGACGCCAAUGUUUCCAGCAGUGAACUCCUCUUUUAACUCCUCCCUCCCUCCGUCAUUCAUAGACUGGGAGGCUCCCACCUUCACCGCUGCUGCCCGUGUCCGUGUGGCAGCCACCAUGGUCCUCUUUGUGUUCGCUGCCUUCUCCAACCUCUCUGUGCUGAUCAGCGUGGCACGGGGCCGCGGGCGCCGCCUGGCCGCCCAUCUCCGGCCACUCAUUGCCAGCCUGGCCUCUGCAGACCUGGUGAUGACGUUCGUGGUGAUGCCGCUGGAUGCGGCGUGGAACGUCACCGUACAGUGGUACGCCGGUGAUGCCAUGUGCAAGCUGCUGUGCUUCCUCAAGCUGUUUGCCAUGCACUCGUCUGCCUUCAUCCUGGUGGUGGUCAGCCUGGAUCGCCACCAUGCUAUUCUGCACCCGCUGGAUGCACUGGACGCCGGACGCAGGAACAAGAGGAUGCUGCUGGUUGCUUGGGUCCUCAGCUUGCUCCUGGCCUCCCCACAGCUGUUCAUCUUUCGAGCAAUCAAAGCAGAGGGAGUGGAAUUCACUCAGUGUGUGACGCAUGGAAGCUUCCACCAUCGCUGGCAAGAGACGGCCUACAACAUGUUUCACUUUGUCACGCUUUAUGUGUUCCCCCUGUUAGUAAUGAGUUUCUGCUACACCCGCAUCCUCAUCGAGAUCAGCCGUCAGAUGCACAAAGGCAAAGGUGGGGCGCCAUGCCUGAGGCGAAGUGGCACAGACAUGAUCCCUAAGGCCCGAAUGAAGACCCUGAAGAUGACCAUCGUGAUCGUGGCGUCCUUCGUGAUCUGCUGGACGCCCUACUACCUCCUGGGUAUCUGGUACUGGUUCCAGCCGGCCAUGCUUCAGGAGACGCCCGAGUAUGUCCACCACGCCCUUUUCGUCUUCGGCAACCUCAACACAUGCUGCGACCCAGUGAUAUACGGCUUUUUCACGCCCUCCUUCCGGGCCGAUCUGGCUGAUGUGGUCCACUGCUGCUGCCGCUGCCGAUCACAGAACAUAUCCCCAAGGUCCCUGGACCGCCUGGCGUGUCGGAGGGGCAGGGCAAGCGGUGAGGCAGAGUCUGAUAAUCCCAGUGGCGACCAGCCAAAUGGAAACCUGGGGUAGAUAUCGGUGGGCCUCUUGUUUAACUGCACUGUAAAAAAAAAAAGAUUUGUUGAUUCAACCUACAAUUGUAAGACAACCAGCUGCACUAGGAUUGUGAGUUUGCUCAACAAAAUAGCAUUGAAGUUGAUUCAACCUACAAUUGUAAGACAACCAGCUGCAACAGGAUUGUGAGGUUGUUCAACAUUUGUUCACUUGACUUUGAAUUUUAUGUUGAGUGAACAUAUAAUUUAACUUGAGAAUAUAUUCUACCUUAUUUGCAUAUUUCCCAGAGAAAUGUUCAUAUUUCCCAGCCUUUCGAGUGAAUUGUAAUUACCACCCAUGACUGUAUUUGUUACCGACAGAAACAUGGUUGUUGUGUUCAAUGGUUUUCAGUACUGUAGCCUUCACCAAAUGAGUGUUUAAGUAAAUAUGUUAUCUUUAAAAUUCAACUCUUUAUGACAAUACAUUACACAAAUCAUAAGGCCUUUCUUUGAGGGCCUAGUUAAUUAAACCCUAACACAGUAGUGUGAAACUCCUAAUUUACAGGCCACAUCAAGGUUACAAGUCACAUUAUGCUGGUUUGCAAAGUGAUGUGUAAUCCCUAUUGGAAUCCAGCCAGAGUGAGGAUAUCCAACAACUGAAACUUUUAAUCACACACAACCUGCAUUCAGAAUGACUGCGGGGUAGGGAAGAUUGAUUAUUGAGACUACCUAAAUCAUAUAAACUAUCUCAGAAAAUUCCAACUAUUAACAGAUAGGAUAAGUUUAGGAAAAUAUGUGUGAUUUACGUUUGUGUAGCAUAAGACGAACCAACCAAUCAAAAGUACAUGCAAAAGCACAGUUAUUGAAACAAACAAUUCUGAAAAUGAACACGCAGGAGAGCAUGCUGGGAAAUAUGAUAAUAAUGGCAUCGGUUUGAGUUUCUCAACAAGCUUUUACAAAUUCAGCUGACUUCAAGCAGAGAUUGUUGAGUAAACACACUAAAACAUUAGCUCAAAUGAUUGUAUUUUUGAAGUCCACUCAACUAACAGAAUAAUUCUGAUUAAGCAAUUAGUUAAAUUGUAUUUUUUACAGUGUGUGGUAUAAAGAUUAUUUGACUCCCUGAACUCUUUAGUGCCCAGACCCAAAUUAAGGGUUCUAUUCAAUCUGUAUCGCUGAAGUUCAACAUGUC